GACCCACUGGGCCUCUUUCCUUCUCUCCCUUGGGAUGGGGACCAAGGACCCACUGGGGCUUUUCCUUCUCUCCCUGGGGAUGGGGACUGAGAGAUCCACUGGGGCCUCUUCCCUUCUCUCCCUGGGGAUGGGGACCAAGGACCCACUGGUCCUCUUCCCUUCUCUCCCUGGGGAUGGGGAUCAAGGACCCACUGGGGCUUUUCCUUCUCUCCCUGGGGAUGGGGACCAAGGACCCCACUGGGGCUUUUCCUUCUCUCCCUGGGGAUGGGGACUGAGAGAUCCACUGGGGCCUCUUCCCUUCUCUUCCUGGGGAUGGGGACCAAGGACCCACUGGGCCUCUUUCCUUCUCUCCUUUGGGAUGGGGACCAAGGACCCACUGGGGCUUUUCCUUCUCUCCCUGGGGAUAGGGACUGAGAGAUCCAUUGGGGCCUCUUCCCUUCUCUUCCUGGGGAUGGGGAUCAAGGACCCACUGGGCCUCUUCCCUUCUCUCCCUGGGGAUGGGGAUCAAGGACCCACUGGGCCUCUUCCCUUCUCUCCCUGGGGAUGGGGACCAAGGACCCACUGGGGCUUUUCCUUCUCUCCCUGGGGAUGGGGACUGAGAGAUCCACUGGGGCCUCUUCCCUUCUCUCCCUGGGGAUGGGGACCAAGGACCCACUGGUCCUCUUCCCUUCUCUCCCUGGGGAUGGGGAUCAAGGACCCACUGGGGCUUUUCCUUCUCUCCCUGGGGAUGGGGACCAAGGACCCACUGGGCCUCUUUCCUUCUCUCCCUUGGGAUGGGGACCAAGGACCCACUGGGGCUUUUCCUUCUCUCCCUGGGGAUGGGGACUGAGAGAUCCACUGGGGCCUCUUCCCUUCUCUCCUUGGGGGUGGAAAAUUCCCAGAUUGGAAACCAGCAGGAGCAGAGGGGAGGGCCUGGAGACACACAAUGGACCGGACACACGGUCCCACGGAGGUGGGAAUCAAAAGACCAGAGGGAGGCCCUGGCAGCCCAGAUCUGGGUCCCUUCUAGCCUGGCUCACUCUGAGCUCCAGACACCUCCCUGGGCCCAGGGUCACGGGUUACCAAAGUGAGAGUUCAAGGGGCUCCAAACAGGUGGCCCAGAGAGGCCCAGCUCUGAGUAAAGGCAGGGGUACGUGCAAGUGCCCAGGGACACGUGGGUUCCAAAGAGAGGAUGUCCCCCUGGCACCCGGCAGUUAUCUCAGGCCCCACUGUGUGCUGAGCCCCGCCACCCUCACCAAGUGCAUCCACUCUUCCAGAGUCAGGCUGGGCCUGGGGAGCCCUGUUCAGACGGGGAUCCCACAGGGAGACCCCAAUCUCAAGGAACCCCCAGAUAAAGGUCAAGCUGAGCCAGCGGGCGGACACAAAGCCCUGGGGCUCGGGAACCGUGGAGGGCAUCCAGAGACAGGUAGCGACCUGUGGCCCCGGGGCCCAGCAGGAGCCUCCCCAUAGUGGGACAAAUCCCCGGCGGAUCCCAGACUCCCACCCCGCGGGAACGGGGGAGAAGACCUGAAAGUGGCUCCCGAGCCAGCCAGGAAGCGGGAGCAGGCCGGCCCGAGGGGGAGGUGUGCGAGCGUGCACACAUGUAAACACGGAGCGGGUUCCUCCCGCAUGUAAAUACCAGCUAGGAUACCGCCAGUAAACAUGGCCUCGGGUACCGGGGCCUGGAAACCCCAGAGCCCCAGCUGCCCGGUGGGAAAGCGUGGCUGAGUCUGGGGGUACGCCGGAUGCCCCCCAUUGUCCAAGUCUUUCAGCAGGGAUACCAGAAUGUGCCCAGGGCUGCCAGGAGCAAGACCAGCAGGCCAGUUCCCAGCCCCACCGUCAAUGCUGCCACAUCCACC